AUGGACAUGUCUGCUCAUGAUGAAUCUCCGAAAAUGCCCCUCCGAAGCCCUUCACUCUUCGAGAGCAUCGAGUCGCUGCCAUUAGAUCUUAUACUAUCAGAAAUUGAGUCCGACAUUCUCUCCGAACCGCUCGGCUCCCACGAGGCCCUUCAUUUUUUGUCCCAAGAACUCAGUAAAGAGAGUCCGCAACCUUUGAUUGUGAGCGCAAUUAAAACUGUCUUGUCAAGCCUAUCGCUACGGGAAAAGAUCGAGGUUCAGUGGAGCCUCUGCCACGAUUACAACCAUGCCAAAAGCCGCCAGCAGAGGAUAGAGGAGGGUGCCCCCUAUAAUCUGGCCUCAUGGUCGAUCGAAAAUUGCUCUCUGUGCUUUAAGUCACUCUUGGAUCAUCAAACGGUUCGGCCUUCUUCAUUCUGCCAUGGCUUCAGCUUCUUUUGGCUAGCGGUUAGGAGUCACCAAGAUGACCUUAUACUACGCCUCGUGUCUUUGAUGGAACCUAAAGAUCUUUUGAGUCCUUUUGCGAAUGGAGACCGGCGCACAAUCUUUCAGGUCUCUACAUGGAAUCGAAAUUGGUUUCAGGUCUGCUGGGCACGGCUUAAACCAUUACCGAAGAAUGGUCUUACUUCACUUGGACCAGAUGAAAUGAAAAACAUAUGGCAAUUUGCCGAUGUGGACCUUGCAAACGAGUUAUUGGACUUAGGCCUAGAUCUGGGAAGACCUCACCCUGAAAACGCAUCACCUGGUUGGUUGGAUAUAGUGGAUCGAACGGAUCCGGGGCCAUUGUUUAAUUGGCUCCUAAGCCAUGGCCACCAACCCCCCGGAAAACUCCUGACGUACGCCGCAAAACACAGUUGCAUUCUUGGGGCGAGCUGGAUUAUGCGCUAUACUGACAGCCAUCUGGACUGGAGUGAAGCUGCACUUAUGGCGGCAGAAAGUGUGGAUAUCAGAAGCGCGGAAAUGCUGAAAAACAUUCUACCAAACCUAGCUACAAAGUGGAAAGCAGACCAGUGGAAAGCAGGCCAGGCUCUGUCAGAGAAUAUUGUGAUAAAAACUGUUAACGGAGUGUGCCAGGAAAGAGAGGAUUGUGGAGCUAUGCUAUCAGAUGACUCUGUCGAGAAAAUGUUCGCACCAAGGGAGGAUACUGCGGUUCGAAAGAUCCAAACCCUAGGUGAAGUAGUUGGGAGCGUUCAAGUUCUGGGUAUGAAGAUCAAGGCGGAGGAUGCUGGACUGUAUCACCUUGCGACGGCUCUUGAGAACAUGGGCUCUCGCUCAUAG